UCGGACGUCUAUAUCUUAAAGCCUACAUAGGUAUAUUUGUUACACUUUUGUUAUUCUUCUCGCUACUUAUGCAAUUUUAGCAAUUUCGGCAAAGUCUGCAAGGGUAUUAAAACUUUGGCUUGGCGAAGUUUUCUUCUGUCCUAGGCUUUGUAUUGCUCAAUGUAACUGUUUUUCUUCACAAUACUAAAAAUAUAAAUCAGGCAAAAUGUAAUUAACCAUUAACCAUUAUUAACAGAAAAACAAAUAUCCGGCCUAAUAUACAUUGCAAAACCAAAAAAACAGCGUUUAGUACUGAGCCAUUACAAGUUCUGAGCACAAGCUGUUUAUUUGUGUUUAUUUGUAAUUUUUUAAGCCAAGUGAGUGAGAUUUACCUGUCUAAAGAUUUAAAAGCUAAUUUUUACAUAUUAGAUAUUAUUUAAGUUAAGCGUAGCAGAAAGUUCCUUUCAUCCAGUCUUUAUAUAGUCGUUUUUAAAACGUUUUCAAUCGUCAAUCACGAAUGCCCAUAUCGUGAAAGCUUUGCAAUAAAAAUAAUUAACAGUUUUAAAACAGUUUCUUUAUUUUGGACGAUAAUGUUAAAUCAGGCUAAUGUCAUCAACAAUUACAAAUAAUUAAAAUGAAAUCAAUAUACUAUUAUUGCGAACGGACCAAAAAAAUUUCAGAGUAAACCAUAUAAUGAUCAGAGCACAAGGUUUUUAUUUUUGCUUAUCUUGGAUACUUUAUAACCUGAGCUAUAUUCAUGGUUCCUACAAGUUUAAUUCACUAAAGUGCGAUAUUCUUGCUCCAGAGAUGGGUUAUGUAAAGCAGUGCCUGAUCAAGGCAAUCGAUCGGAAGCACAAUAUGAUCAACAUUGAAGCGAUUCUGAAUAAGACCAUAACAGAGUUUGAGAUCCAUUUUAGGAUGGUUAAACGCGAAAUUGGCGGUUGGCAUCCCUUUUUGUACGAUAUGAGAAUGGAUAUUUGCCAAUUCUUUAAAAACCGAAGGAAGUUUUUUAUUCCAAAUCUUAUAUAUUCAUUUCUAAAGCCAUUUACAAAUGUGAAUCACACCUGUCCAUACUUGGUUGGGACAGAGAUGCGUCUUUGGCAUUGGAGUCCGGACGAAGAUGGAGUAAUAGCCAAAUUUCCAGUAGACCAUGGUCAGUACGGGCUACAAACAACAUGGUACAUCAACAAAGUCACCACAUUGAAAAUAAAUGGAUCUGUUUUAUUUUUCAAAUAAUAUUAUCAGUGUAGUAAACAAAAUUAUAAAUCUGCUGUAAUAAAGCGAUAUUGGGAAUGAUAAUAGUGUAAAUAAAAACAAUUUCCUUACACAUAUGAAGUGCAUUUCCUUACUCUCUUUUAAAAAUUAACUCAGUAAUAUAUUUUUGAUAGGAAAUUCUACCAAAUGAUGGAAUAAUCGUUGCUUUGAUAAGAUCCAAUUUUUCCAUAUUUUUUUGGCCACACUUUCUAAGCAUCGCCGGUAUGCACAUGGGCUUAUUCAAUCGGUGAUAAGACGUAAUGCUCAACCGGCUUGCAUACUAACACAGAUAUUUGCGAGUGGCAAACAAAUUUUUUCGGUUUGUGGGCCACAUUCGAGCGUGUCCAGCUUUGGCCAUGCGACUCACGUUUAAGGCAAAAAUGGUAGCAAUUCAAAAAAAAAAAAAAAAACAAAAGCGAAGCACGGCCAAGAAAAGCAAAGAGAAAUGUUCGUUUUGGCCACAGUCGGCUGCGCCUGCUCCUGCCUGAUUACCUCCCGUAUUUACUUUUAGAGCCAAACAAAUAAGAGACGGCUGAAAAAGCUGUCAUAAAUGGCCAACUGCAAGCCACGCACGUUUGCUUUAGGCGAAUAGAGGGGAGAUUUGGCUGGAGAUCGGGAUUACGAAGCGCCAACGCGGUUUGUCCAGUUGCGCAUGCUAAUUUGGGCGCGGGAAUCGAUCAUCGAUGGUGGUUGAGUAAUUAUUUACGUCUGUCUCUGGCUCGGAGGCAGUCACUCUGUCUGCCAAUCGCUAACCAAUCCGUAACUGACAACAUUUAUGCGUCUUCACCCGUUUACACUCUCUUCCGCACAACAGUAUUGCAGAGAGAAAAAAAAUAUUUUACGGCUAGGAAAAUUAGAAACAUCAUUAGCCAAGUAUGUAAAAUCGGAUACGAAAAUCAUAAAAUUGUAAGUGUUUUUUGGGAUAUAAUGUGUUUGUUUACAGCCAGGGCAAC